GUAUCGCGAGUUUAUCUCGUUGGCGAGAAUCAGGCUGCCACUUCCCGGGAACAGAAACGGUUCAAUUGAACCAACUGUCGAGCCUGCGCAAAUAAAGUUAAGUUAAAUAUGUACUUGGUGUCAUAUUAACUAUACUUCAGCUCUUGCUUAACAUCGGUUAUCAGGUUAACUUAGUUUACGGUUCUAUUUAAAUGUAAUGUGUGGACGCUAACGUUUGCUAGCCCGCUAGUUAGUCGACAUUAGCAGAACUCUCGGUAUUUAUCCAGAAAGAAAAAAUGGCUGCGGAGGAGAGGACAAGCUGGAUACUGACAUGUGCUACGGUCGCUUUUGUCGCCGCUCUGUAUGUGCCCUGUGUGCAGAGGACUGUCCCCGGUGGAGACUCAGGAGAGCUGAUCACCACUGCUUGUGAGCUGGGGGUGGCCCAUCCUCCAGGAUACCCUCUCUUCACCUUACUAGCUCGUCUGGCUAUGUGUCUUUUGCCUUCACUGUCUCCAGCCCACAGCGUCAACCUGAUGAGUAGUAUGCUGGGGGCUGCAGCCUGUGGUGCCCUCUGUAUUUCUGUUUGCAGGUUGACAGGUCCUGGUCCUGGAGCAGUACUGGCUGGAGGGCUGUUUGCUGUGUCCAGGCUGAGCUGGCAGUGGUCCAUGGUGGCAGAGGUCUUCACCCUCAACAACCUUUUUGUCGGUCUACUGUUCUUCUUGACUGCUAGCUUUCACUGUGCUGAAAACACCACCCAGAGGAGGAAGAUUGCACAUUUGGGAGCGCUCUGCUGUGGCUUGGGCCUCUGUAACCAGCACACCCUGGUGCUGUAUGUACUGGUCAUCAUUCCCUGGGUCCUUCACCGACUUUACUCUUGCAGGGAGCUGUCUUUGCGUGGCUUUGUGUCCCUAGGAGUGUGUUUCCUCGCUGGCUUUCUGCCGUACAUCUACCUGCCCAUCUCCUCCUACCUCAACACAGCCCGCUGGAGCUGGGGGGAUCAGACCACCCUGUCAGGCCUGCUGACCCACCUGCUGAGGGCUGAAUAUGGCACCUUCAAUCUGGCAAAGACAGAGAGCUCUGUAAAUUUGACCACAAUGCUAAAGGCCCAGUUGGACCACUGCCUGGCAGACCUUUCGCUUCCUGUUGUGGUGCUGGCAGGAACAGGCCUCCUCCUAUCCUCAUGGGACAGGACGUGUCGCUCAGUGUCCUGGCUGUUGACCGCCAUGCUGGUGGUCUACUCAAUGUUUUUUGCUUGGAGAGCUAACCUGGAAAUCAGCAGACCCCUACUGCUUGGAGUGGUUGAGCGUUUCUGGCUCCAGAGUGAUGCUGCAGUGUGUGUUCUGGCAGGGCUCGGCUUGAGCCGGACACACACCGAGCUGGAGAGGAGGCUGGGUCGUGGGGGGGUGUGGAAGACCACAGGCUGGGUCUUCACCAUAGCUCUACUGGCACAUAUGGUACACACCAAUCACAGCGAGUGUGAUCAGAGCAGAAACAGUGUGGUAGAGAGGUUCGGCAGGGAGCUGCUGGCCUCUGUCCCAAGAGAUUCAAUCAUCCUGACCAGAGGAGAUCUGCCUGGAAACUCACUGCGCUACAUAUACUACUGCCAAGGUGUACGGCCCGAUGUACGUCUGGUGGACCAGGAGAUGAUGACAUACAUGUGGUAUGUGGCCAAGCUGGCGCAGCACCACCCUGGGGUCCACUUUCCCGGCCGCUGGUGGGACCCUGUCCACCCUGAGGAGAAAGACACCUUCAAUCUGGAGCAGUUUCUGUCCCACAACACACAUAGGAAUGUGUUCGCCUGCAUUGGGCUUCCUGACGGAGACCCAAGUUGGGAACGCAGUUUCUCUCGUUGGCCCCUGGGCGUGUGUGACUAUUUGGUGCCAGCUCAGACGCAGUUUCACCCUAAGGAAUGGGCCCUUCGAACUCGCAGCAUCUACAACUGGAGUGAGCCACACAACAGUUUCCAUCCUGCAUCCUGGGAGCAUGUCGCUAAUGAGGAGAUGUGGCAAGCCAGGAUGAAGACGGCUUUCUUUCUGUUUGACCUGGCAGAAAGGAUGCAGGGAGAGGGGAAAGCUCGCCUCUUUGAGCUGUCUUACACUCUGUAUAAGGAGAUUGUGGAGGCCUACUCAGACUACCCGCCAAACUGGGACAAGAACUUGGCACUGGCCUGCGAGAGGCUGCUCCGCUCAGGUCACCGGGGCUACAGUCCACACAGCCUGCUGACCUGCGGCAUCCAGCAUUUCAGUCUGUACUUAGAGAAGGAACCCACAGAUCCCCAGGAGCCCGCCAUACGCUCAGCCAUCACUCACCUGCUCAAAGAGAGAGAUGGGCUCCGGCAGAGCCGGAGGCAAACACCAUAAGAAGAUCUAGACAGACCUACAUGGAGCUGGGGCACAGAGUGUGCUGCGAGCCCAGUUGUAGUACAAGGCACCGAGGAUGAGGUCUGACUGAGAAAGAUAGAAUGAUGUAUUGGUAUUUAGUUAAGGUUUUGGCUAAAUUGACUUGGGAGUUAAGAGGAAUGCUGAUGCAGAAGUACCAUUGUGUAGUUAUCAAACAGAACUCAACAAAGGACAGAGACCUGCUACUCAGCCAUGCUUCAUUUGAUGAACGUUUACAGUUGACCAGAGACAGAGCUUGACUUCAGGAAGCCUUGACUGACCCCAAUCAAGCUGCGCGUGCUCCCCUGAAACUCAGCCAUUCGAUUGCUUUAUCGUUACAUCUUGUUCUCUCUUUUUUCUCUCCUCUUCGGCUCUCACAGUUUUUAACAUGCUGAUUAUUUUUCCUCAGCCACUGCUCUACUUCUCUUUUUCUCACAUUAGAACGGCAAGGUCGAGAUUGAGGGAAAACCAAUUUGGGGGCAGAAAUGGGGGAUUAGAGCAGCUGUUUAAUCUAGGACAGACUUGUGCAGUGCCACACAGUAGUCACUCCACAUAACCAGCACCACCCACCCCUCUAUGCACCCGUCUAUCCUUCCAUCAGUCUAUCUUAGAUGGUCCUUUAAAUGUUUAAAACUAAUGGAUUCAAUGAGUGUUUUUUUCCCCUCCCUAAUGGGAGGGCUGUAAUCCCUCAUGGAUUUAAAUGAAAUGUGAAAUGUCACAAUGCCAGGGACCCUUUUAGACGUGCAUUUCUGUGUGCAUGUGUGUUGAUUUGUGUUUGCAUGUUGACAUGCGUGUGGCUGAACAUGCUUAAAUCUUCGCCCAAGCCUUUUCCCUACCGGAAACCUCAUAUAAACAUAGUCCAUAAACAGAUUGGCACACUGGAAAGAGAGAGAAGCACAAAGUCAUACAAACUUCAGGGACAUACGUAGACGCACAAGACCACCAGCUUCCCAGCUCCCAGUAAAAUGAACUUUUAGCCCUGUGAGGGUUGCUGGAGGGACUAUGUGCCAUGCAAACACUGCGCGUAGACCAGAGUAUCUUGUCUUUUGAUGUGUUCUCAGGGUCCAAAACCGCAGUUACACACUGUUUUUGUAAAUGCUGGAGUUGAUGUUAAUGAACUUUGUGCCAUGAAAUUUGUCACGCAGGGGUCAAACCAGUGUAUUGCCAUAAGCUUUAUAAAACACUGCUGAAGGAGCCUGCUGUUUGAGAUACCACUAGAAAGCGGCGGACAGUGAGUGCAUGUGUAGUUUUCUCAGAAUGUAAUCUGCCCUCUCUGUUCCCAGGCCUGGUUAGCGGCUGUCAGCUGGCUGGAUGAUGAGAUUCGACCUGCUGUAGCACAGAUGGUUUAGUUUCUCAUAAAAAAAGGGAAAACUGUCACUCUGCUUUCUACAGAUUAAACUAUUUCAACAAAGAUUCUGUUUAUUUUAUUAGAUUUUGGAACCUUUUUUCCACAGUAGACUAAUAUUUACCAUUUUUAACUUUUUAACCAUACUUACAUAUUAAUGUUUGUUUUUGUUUACAUCACAAUCAUUUGCCGCCUCGUCUCAUGCCCUCUUGUUAUUUUUACUUUACUUUCUUCCUGUCCUUGCCUUUGUCAUCCCUCUCCUGUCUCCCGCCCUCUCCUCCCCUCUCACCCUGUCUUCCCCUAACCCCUCUGUUCCUCUCCUCUCCCCUGUCUCUGAGAGUCAGUUGCCCACCCUAAAUCAGCAAGCUGCCGAGGAUUGUGGGAACCCAUGGAAUCGCCGUGACCAGGGAUGCAGGCAGGGAGCCACAGCAACGCUGGAAUGUGGGGCGUCUGAGGAGAUAAGAGCUGUGAGCCCAGCCAGGGAGAGGGGAGGGAUGCAGCGAGAGAGGAGCGAGGAGGGGGGAGGAGGACGAGGCAGAGCGAGGAGGGUGAGACGGAAACAGGGAGAGCAGCAAGUCUGUGAAUGGGGAGACAGAAACACAACACCAUAAACAGCCCAGAGAGCAAGACAGAGUGAGACAGUGAAAGAGGGGCGGAGGACUUAGGGGGGCACACACUGGAGAUGGGAAGCCAGCCUUAUUCCUCUUUGCAUUUCAUUUACAUCCCUGGCCGUAUCGACCAAUCGGAUUGGGAGCAAAGCCCAGGGCUUAGGAGGGGAAUAAAAAGACAAAAUGCCUUUGCUGCUCUCAUCCCUCCCUGAUAAUACCCCUUCUGUUUUUCUUUUCUCUUUUUCUCCCGUCUAUAAGUAGAUACUGUCCGAAAUGCCAGCGGAAAAGCGACACCUCCGCUUGCUGUGUAUCUCAGAUAGACCAAGCGGGAACAGGGGCUGAAAAGACAGCUUUAGCAACUGGGCCUAUCUCCUCUCCUCUCCACUCCUCUCCUCUCCUCUCUCUGGCUGGAUGGAAGCUUGGAGUGGAGGGAGGCGGAGGGCCGGGGUGUGUUGGUUCGUGUUUGGGAAGAGAAUAGAGGGUGUGAGAGCCAUGAUAUACUGAGCUGGCCGUAGAUUUUGCAGAAUCUCACACUCUGAAAAACUUUGCCUGCAGAUCCCCUUUCUAAGCAUGAGAAACCUGUUUCAAGGAUGUUUCCGUGGUGCCACCCAUCUUUGUGAAGGUUGCCAAUGCCUGCUACUGAACUCCACACAUAUUUUUAGCUUGGGAUUGUUGCUAUUCUAGUGUUCUAAAUUGCAGGUUUAUCCGAAAUGGCAACUCUUGUCAGUUGGUUGACUUUAUUGUCUUAUAUAACUGUAGAUUUUAAACCUUAGCUUUAAAAAUAUCUUAACAUAUUUAAAGAUAUCGUUAAUUAGGCUAAAUUAAAUAUUUUCCUAGAAAAUCAUAUAUGUGUAUUCGGUAAGAUUAGGCCCAUUAACGUCAGUCUGUGUUGACAUGAUGUCAUGAUUGACCCUCUCAGGGUUUUUUGUUUGCUGCCACUCUUUGUGUGUGUUUUUCUCAGUGUUUGGUAGACAAUGCUGUCAGGUACAGUAUGUUUGCAGGUUUACUGAGUUUAUUUGUCCAGGUGUUUGUAGUGCUCUCCAUUGUGUUCCUGUCUAUGUUUGGGUUGCUUUGCGUCUGUUGUGUCAAAAUGGAAAGUGUUUUUGCUGUUUCUAAGUGUCUUUUCUAAAUUUAAAGGUCUAUGCCAUUGUCUUGGUGCUCAUGUCUUUGUGUAGGUGCACCCAGACUAUUGUACUGCCAGUGGACCCAGUGCUGGCAUCACCGAUGAUAUAGAGCUUAUUGAAAGUGAUUGUUGUUGCACGGAUGAGAGUUCAUCUCAGUAGGGGUCUGCGGCAAAGCAUUCAGACAUAGAGAAGGUCCUUUACCUGCUUCCGCCAUACGCAUGUGAGAGAUAAGGUUACCUUAGGACCCUGUCUGGACCCCCUCCACCUUCACAGCAUCCUCAUCCUCCUCAGUCCGCACAACCUCACCCCUCUAGUAAAACAAACCAAACAAUAGAGGCAGAUAUGUGAGGGAUUAGAGGUCAGAGGGUUGGGGAACGCGACAUCUCCAUUUCCAGGAUCAAUCUUCCACCGCUUGGUAAUCUCUGGCCCCAGGCCUCACAUACCUCCAGUGGUCUCUCUGGCUGAGAGCUGGCAUUGCCAGGUCGUGUGAGCUGGUACUCCUGCUGGGUGUGGGGUGCUGAUAGGAUAGUGGGGGGUGGCGUUAUAACCUGACAGAGUGGAUGGAUGGAAGAGCAGAGGGAUGAGUAACAAAGGGUCCUCGCUUUAUAUCCACAACCCUCCUAAAUCCUCGAUGUGUAAAUGCGCGCGUGUUUGCCCAUGUAUGACACACGCACAAUAAUUAUUUGUUAUAUGUUAAUGCGUGUCUGUUUACUUUGCGUGCACACGUUCAUAAAGUUUGUUUUAAUCUGUA